AUGCCAAAAAGUCCUUGCCACGAGGAUGGAGAAGAAGAUGUACUCAUUGCACAAUGUUUAAGACGAAUGAAAGUUUAUCCGGGUGAUUCCUUAGACCCAUAUGGAAGAGAAAUGUUUCAUCCAUAUAAUUUCAGUACGCAUUUCAGCGGUCCAUUCACAGAAUCAAUGCAAAAAUGGGCAAAGAAUCCAGUGGUUGGCGUAAGUUAA